AUGAGUGCCUAUGGGCAGCAUUCCUCCAGUCCCCAGCCAGGAUACUUCUAUGCACAGGAAUUGGUGGACAUGGCAGUCUACUGUGGAGACAACUUCAAUCUGCAUCAGCAGAACCUGCACCAGCCUCAGAAGACCCCACCAGGGUAUGGUAUAAUGGAUUAUCCGGGUCCAAAUACCAACCCGUAUUGGUGGUUUGGAGGUCCUGCCGUUAACUCUUCUUCUUACUGCAAUGACUCCAGAUACUUGUCAGUGAGUUGCACCAACAGCCAAGCCCAAGCCAUGACCCAUUCUACCGGUUACGGGGCAGCAGAGUUGCCCUGGUUGACUUAUCCCAACCAAGUCGACUUGAUCCAGAUAGUGAGACCUCCUUAUUCUUACUCGGCUUUAAUCGCCAUGGCUCUUCAGAACACCCCUGAGAAGAAGCUGACCCUCAGCCAGAUCUACGGUUAUGUCGCCGACAACUUUCCCUUCUAUAGGAAUAGCAAAGUUGGCUGGCAGAACUCCAUCCGACACAACCUGUCCCUCAACGAGUGCUUCAAGAAGGUGGCCAGGGAUGACAGCGACCCAGGGAAAGGGAAUUACUGGACUCUAGAUCCAAACUGUGAGAAGAUGUUUGAUAACGGCAAUUUCAGGCGGAAAAGAAAAAAGAAAGUUGACAAUAACUCCGACUGCGCAACUGAACUCUCUGAAAUGUUAGAUGACAAAAGUAAUGUGAAGUCCCUGAGGUCUGUCAGCCUGGUGGGAACUCCAGAGAGUAAAAUGAAGUUUUCUCCACGGUCCUCUCCAGCUUUGGACACCAGCCCUUGUUUUGAUAACUUUACCUCUGCCAUGAAUGUGCCCUCCAAACACCACUUUACCGGACUUUCUUCUUACCCCACCAAUAACUGCUCGCAACCUGGUGAAUCUACUGGUCAAGCCAACUUCAGGCCUAAAUGUUACCCAACCAAGCAGAGCAGCCUACAUUCUUCCCUGGUCAACCCUCUCCAUGCCAGCCACAUACUUUAUAACCGAGAAGCAGAGGUGUAA